AUGAUUACUAGUCAACUGAAGUCUCUAGUGGAUACAGCAAACAAGGAUUAUCCUUCAACCUUAAAGUUUUUCAUGUGUUGUUCUGCCGCUUUUCUUUCAGAAACUAUCACCUACCCACUUGAUAUACUUAAAACUCGCAUUCAGGUUUAUGGAGAAUUACAGAGCUCAUCAUAUCCUGGCGUUAUUAAAAUUUGUUCUUCUGUCAUAAGAAAUGAAGGUCUGUUUAAACUUUGGCAAGGAUUAUCUCCAGCACUCUUCAGACACAUAAUUUAUACAGGAGCAAGGAUGCCAAUCUAUGAAAUUAUUCGCCAAGAUAUUUUCCAUUUACCUCCUGCAAGUCAUUUCACCGUAAAAUCAACUAAGAAUUCUUUCUCAGAUAAGUCACAUGUUAUAUCUAAACAGAAACUAUCUGCCACGGAAAAAACGAACACUGAACUAAUUCAUGAGAAUAAUCCAAACUUUGUUAUUCAAGCAGCUUGUACUGGGGUAAUAGCUGGAUCUUUUGCUCAGUUCUUAGCAAGUCCCAUUGAUCUGAUUAAGGUUCGGUUGCAAACAGAACGCAGAUGGAUGUCAGAACAACAUCUGAAUAAUUACAAGCCUUCUAAGCCUACUGAAUUGCCCACUGGUCAUCAACGCUUAAGUUUUACGCGUACAGCUAAGCAAAUUAUUUCCGAGGGUGGAAUUAUUGGAUUGUGGCGUGGAGGAUUACCUAGUGUUCAACGUGCAGCUCUUGUAAAUAUGGGUGAACUUACCACUUACGAUACAUCAAAGCGUUGGUUUGCCGUGCGUUUUCAAUUAGAAGAUGGUACACUACUUCAUGUUUGUGCAUCAAUUACGUCUGGUUUUGUCGCGGCAGUACUUGGGACACCAGCUGAUAUGAUAAAAACACGAAUGAUGAAUCAACGUAUAACAGCAUCGUCAUCAAUAAAUGGAAGCGGUCUAUUAUAUGCCGGAGUGAUUGAUUGUUUUCGUAAAACUGUUAAAAAUGAGGGAUUCUCAGCUUUGUACAAAGGUUUCUUUUUAAUAUGGGCUCGUAUGGCACCUUGGUCUUUAACAUUCUGGGUAACUUAUGAAAAAAUUCGUUGUUUAGCUGGUGUUGAUGGUUUUUAA